GUGAGCCUGACAACCCGAUCCCGUUAGUUGCCUCUUGCGGCCAGCGUGGGUUGUUGAAGACCUAUUCUACCCCCUUUCUCCAGGGGUCUAUAAUGCUUCAAACAAUCAUGCAUCAUGUAUAGACCACUGAAGGCAUGACACAUGCAGUGAAGUCUCAACCAUUACAAAAAGUUGUUACAAAUCACGUUUCCUUCUCUUAUUCAACUUAUGUGUGUAAUAAAUGUAUGUUUAUGUAUUUUUUAAUAUUCUUAUAUGCAAUGUGUUAAGGCAUAUUAGUUUAAAUUGUGGCCUUUAUUUAUUUGCCUUUCUCUAUAGAGUAUAUACAAUCUGUUAUUGUAUCUGGUUUAUAUGGUUAUCUAUGUAGAUUUACCAUAAAUGCAAAAUUUUUCAAAAAAUUGUUUUAUGGGAAAAAACCCAGUUGCUCUUCAUGCGCGCUGCCCGGUUACACCUCAUGGCGGGAAUCAAUACGUCACUUAAAAGAUAUGAAGUAACGGUGACGUCAUCCACGUUAGCGUCAUCCACGUUAGCUUUCUGAUUAACGCGCAUCUCCGCUUGGAUAGCCGCCCGCUCCAGACGUGUUUUGCCCUGUCUCAUAUUAGCAACUUAACUUUUCAAAUCAAAUCGUAAGUACGAUCCUUUCUAGCAUCUUAGUCUGUUGGAUUGUUAUCAUUUGUGAAAAUUUUCUGAAUUGUAAAUUCAGCUACAUAGAAUGCCUGUGUCAGGACGUAUUUUGAUUGUAGGACAUUCUUUCAUUGCUAGACUGAAAAAGCAUAUUGCUUGGGGACAUGAUCGUUUUAGAUAUGAUUUUGGAUUGACAGGGCAAAGUAGUGUGUAUAGGUUUGGGAUCGGGGGAUUGACACUAAAUCGUCUGAAAACCAUUUAUUUGCGUGAUUUCGAGGAGCGAUUGUAUCACUACAACCCAGAAAUUCUUGUUAUUCAGCUGGGUGGCAAUGAUUUGUGUCGUUCGGACGUUGACCCUCUAAGACUCGCUAGGGAGUUUGAGGAUAAUUUUCAAGAGAUAAAAUCAAAAUAUAACAUCAUCAAGCUUGUCAUCUGCGAAGAAUUCCCUAGGUCUUCCGAUAACGCUGUUGGAGUUGGGUAUGAGAGAAAACGCCUGCAAUUUAACCAGUACUUGAGUGUUAUGCUACCGGAGAGAGGCAUGUGUUUUUGGAAACAUAAGAAAAUUUUUCAUUCUUCCUUGUCUAUUUUCCGGAAGGAUGGGGUACAUUUGACUGAUGAUGGCAAUUACAAGUUGUAUAGAAGUUUGCGCGGUUGCAUAAUUGCAUAUUCGGAUCUGAAGGGUUUUAGCUAAGUAUGGCUAUAAAAGCGAAGUCGCGAUAUUUGUAUAUUUGUUAGACAAAUUUGAUGUUUCCUUUUAACAGUUGACAAUUUUUACUGAAAGAGCACGGCUCAUUGAUGUAUUUGACGUAUUUGGCAAUGAAUUUGUACUAGCAGAAGUAAGCAUACCUGUAUUUUUUACUAUUUAACCAUGGCUUGUUGAAAUGUUGAAAGAUAAUCUAUUUAGUGUUCGCGGGGGAUAACAGAAGUGUUGUCCUUCGCUAGAACGCUACUCAUUGUUUUUAAAUCUGUCCUGUAGUGGCAGUGUGUAUUAUUUUUGCUCUCGCGGUUGAGAUUGUUGAAAGACAAUCUAUUUAGUGUUCGUGGGGGAUAGCAGCAAUGUUUUCCUUCGCUAAUGCUACUCUGCGGUUGAUGCAUUUUUCUGCCCUGUGGUGGCAUUGUUUUAAUCUGUCCUGUAGUGGCAGUGUGUAUAUGUUUGCUCUCGCGGUUAGCUUGUUGAAUGACAAUCUAUUUAGUGUUCGUGGGGGAUAGCAGAAGUGUUGUCCUUCGCUAAUGCUACUCUGCGGUUGAUGCAUUUUUCUGCCCUGUGGUGGCAUUGUUUUGUUGUUGUUUUUUAAUCUGUCCUGUAGUGGCAGUGGGUAUAUUUUUGCUCUCGCGGUCGAGAGUGUUGAAUGACAAUCUAUUUAGUGUUCGCGGGGGGUAGCAGAAGUGUUGUCCUUCACUAGAAUGCUACUCUGCGGUUGAUGCAAUUUUCUGCCCUGUGGUGGCAAUAUUAUUCUAGUUUCCUACUUCAGUCUACAUGUUUACGUUGUCUUUCAAGGAUUUUGCUAAAUUGUAAUAUACAGGGUAGCAACUCUUAAAUGCCUUUGAUCACAUUCACGUUGUAAAACAUAAAUAGUUAAAAGGUCUCAAGUUACAAUAAGUCAGAGUUACUUUGUUGUGGGCGAUAGCUAAGCGUUCUCCCACAGUAUUAGUUCUUUUGUGCAAACCUUUGCUGGUUUUUGUACUUCGUUCCAAGGUCCAUUCCGGUCUGAGAUGCCCCUAUCCGCUAGAAGUCGGAAACGUUCCAGUCAGGCUCCGAACAACACGGUCGGCGACGUGGACCUCUGCCAGGAUGAGCUUGCAGGCGCCAGUUCGUCCAAAAGACCCACUAAUCGUCAGCGGUGGAGCGGGCGGGCGGAGAUGACCGAGCAUCUGGAAGAAAGGACUAAUACCUUAGCUAUCAAUGACAUCAAUAUUGGACAGGCGAGUUCGUCAAAGAUACCCACUAAUCGUCAGCGGCGGAGCGGGCGGGCGGAGAUGACCGAGCAUCCGGAAGAAAGGACUAAUACCUUAGCUAUCAAUGACAUCAAUAUUGGACAGGGUGAGGCGGUCCUUAAUCCUUUUGCGUUCAAUAGUAUAAACCAGACUGAAAUGCAAAAAUUCAAAUCUACGUCCAUACCCUUAGGCUUUGGGGUAGGAGACAAACUUAAAGCUAAAAUUUGGCAAAACGAAUUCAUUGAAAUAUCCUCACUUUUAUCAGGUGACACUCACGACCAAAAUCUUACAAUUAAUGUAAAUGGUCAAUCUGUCAAUGUCUCCGAUUCAUCAAAGAAAAUGUUUUUGUCUAUUGACAAAUGGGUUUCUGCAUUCCACAUUUUUAUGUCGGUUCACAUUCAGAAAUAUCCUGAGGAUGUUCAGGUUAUGUUAAAGUAUGUUAGUACAAUCAGAGAGCUAGCCCAGAAAGGGGGUAACUGGUAUGCCUAUGAUACUAAAUUUCGGAAGUUGAGGUCAGAAAACAAUUUGGAUUGGGGAACAGUACACUGGGAAUUAUGGUUUAGUGCAAUUACUUCAAAUUUGCAGAAUUUUCGUCCCUCAAACCAAAAGCAAUUUAAGGCAAAGACAUCAGGGUCUGCCAAAUCUGCCAUCCCAAACGGUUUCUGCUUCAGCUUUCAUCUCGGACGGGAAUGCAAUGCCAAACCUUGUAGAUACAGUCACUAUUGUUCCCAAUGCGGAGGUGACCAUGGCUACAGUAAAUGUGGGCAGAGGAAAGAAUUUGGUAGACCAAACCGAGCAAACCAACCUCCCAACCCCUAUAAACGUGCAUAAGCUAGAACAUUGGCUUGAAGGUUAUGAUAAAGAAAUCACUGAUUAUCUGUUAAAGGGUUUCAAGUUUGGGUUUCGCAUUGGAUACGAGGGUAAUUUAAAAUCAGGAGAUUGUCACAACUUAAAAAGUGCUUCAGAUAACGUAGACGUGGUCCAAAACAAAAUAAGCAAAGAAUUAAGACUAGGUAGGAUAUCAGGCCCCUAUAAACAGUUUCCACUAAAGGAUUUUCAUAUAUCUCCCCUAGGGGUAUGCCC